GUGGCAAAGAUAAGUUCGACUAAUCGAGUAAUACUUUGGCCAAUAUACUGGAGUACGAUCAUUCCUAAAAAUGGCUAUCAAAUUUAGGGAUUUGAUUCCUUCGGAGUUGAGGCUUUGUUUCAAUUCGUUUGAUUCUCCAGUCCUGGUUCUAGCUAUAUGGCGGCUCUUCUUCCCCCUGAUGAUCCAGCAGCUUCACUCCCACCACAACAUCCCACAAGGGAUGAAAUGUAUUGUUCUGGGGCUGUGAGUCUCAUUCCUAAUUCUCUCAUGGAGGAAAUAUUUUUGCGAACUACUGCGAAAUCCUUACUAAGCUUAAAGUGUGUGUGUAAGUCAUGGUACCAUGUAAUCAAGGAUCCCAAUUUUGUUCGGAAACGAUUUCGUGAUUCACAGUCUAUGGGAUGUACUGUUUUAUCUAGUACUAUUACUACUACUACAGAUGGUUAUCUAGGUAAGAAGAUUUACUUGGGAUCGUUUCACGAAGGGUGGAAAAUUGAGAAUGCUGAUGGCGGUAAUGGUAAAUGGGAAACCAACUUUUGGAGCUUACCUGUAUCGAAAGACAUUUGCAAAGAACUGUGGAUGGCAGCAUGCAAUGGUUUAAUCUGUAUUUAUGGGAACUACUGUAAGACUACUAUGGAUAUGUGGAACCAAACUGAAGGGGUACUAAGUGAAAUACCUAAAAGACAUGUUGAAAAGUAUUCCAUGGUAUAUAUAUGUAACCCCACGACACACGAAAUUAUAGAUCUUCCAAGGCCUAGGAAAGAAUUCGAGAAAGGCUCAUGUGGGUUUGCAUUUGAUGCGAAAAGAAAUCAAUAUAAAGUUGUUCAUUUGUUUUAUGACUCUCAGCACGAGGCGUGGACAUUUGAGAUUUUUACUUUGGGUACAAUGUCAUGGAAAAUGAUGGCAGAUGAGGCUAAAGAGGAGGAACCAAACAUCUCUUGGUAUAAGUUGCAUGGGGCAAAACCAAGUAAUCCUAUUUAUGUGAAUGGUUUUCUUUGUUGGCUUAUCAAGUUUUACAGUGGGACAUGCGAUGCGUGCGUUCUAUGUUUUAAAGUUGAAGACAAAUUCCGACCCAAGUUGAUUAAGAUGCCAGAAGACAUCAAUGAAGAUUACUUUCUGGAAGCUAUUCAAGCACAGCAAAAUGUAACUUUCUUGGUAAAACUGAAUGGAAGUUGCUUAAUAUAUGGAUGCUAAAGGAAGAAAGGUGUCUUGAUGAGAAGGAGAAUGUGUGGAUCAAGAAAUAUUGCAUUAAACUGGAUUUCGAUUUAAAUUUCUGCCGAAGCAUAAUUCCUGUUCGCAUUCAAAACAAAGAUAUUUUGUUCGUGUCUUCAAAUACAGGGGAAUUGUUUUCUUAUGACACGGAAAGUAAAAAUUGUGCAACUAUUUUCAAACCUGAAGGUUUGUUCACUGAACCUUUGGAAGAACCGUCACAAAUCGUAACUUAUAUGGAAAGCUUGAUUUCUGUCCGUGAUAUAAUUGCCAUGAAGCGAGAAUGACAGUUUAGGACAGGUAAGUAUCCUAACACAUUUUGUUAUUACAUGACUUUGAAUGAAAUUUUUUGAACAGGGUAGGAUGAAAUGAAUACCACAGGGACAAAUACAGUUAGAGGUUUGAUAUGGUUGAUAAUGGGUGUUACUUCAAUCACUUAACAAAGUAUCUAAUUUAUGCAGAACAUGAACAUGGUGGUAUUUAAACGCUAGAAAUCCUGUAGACUCAGUCUACUUUUGUAAUAUUUAACAUUGC